CAUCGAUGACUCAAGCACCGUUGCAAUCGAUGUUGGCAUCGAUGGUUCUCCAGUUUUACUAGUCGGUAUUAUUUCUGCUUUAAAAAUAUGUUGCCGCUGUCACUUUUGAAAACCGCGCAGAGCCAUCCUAUGUUGGUUGAACUGAAAAAUGGAGAGACUUAUAAUGGACACUUGGUGAGCUGUGACUCUUGGAUGAAUAUCAAUCUACGUGACGUAAUUUGCACUUCAAAGGAUGGCGACCGUUUUUGGCGUAUGCCCGAAUGUUAUAUUCGCGGAAGUACCAUUAAAUAUUUGCGUAUACCUGAUGAGGUAAUCGAUAUGGUUAAAGAAGAUGCACAAUCCAAAUCGCGAAACAGAACAGAGCUUAACAAAAAUCGUGUUGCAAACUCAGCAAAUCAACGCACGGCGCGUAGCGGCAACCGAAAUAAUUUUGGAAAUCGCAGCGGGCAAUUAAGUGGAGGUUCUGGAAAUAACGCUCUGCGAGUAGGCGCUUCAGGACAAGGGAACAGACUACUUGCCCAAAAUAACAAAAAUAGAAAAUAAUUUCAUGCAAAAGCAGGA